UCGCUCCGUCCCUCCCUCCCGCCUUCCCUCCCUCCAGCGUCGGCCCCGCUCCCUCGCUAUCCGCAGCAUCCCUGCGCCGCCCCUCCACACCACCCCUCGGCACCCGGCCUCCGCCUCCGCGUCUGCUGCGGCUGCCACCGCCGCCAUUCCUGCACCAGCGGUCGCCGGCCGGGCACCGCCAAGACGUUUCGCACCAGACAAUUAUUGAUAGACUGCUGGGUCCUAUCAAAGAUAAGGGUUCCCUGCUCAGUCUGGUUUCUCCUGCACAGGGAACCCACACUCUGCUUUGAACAAAGAUUUCUAAAGACUUCUUCCUAGAAACGAUUGCGAAGUUUCAAGAGGCACAAGAUAAAGAGUUUCUGCGGAAGGUCGGAAAGAAGCACACCAUUUAAGAAUAGAACCGAGAGUCCUGUGACAUUGGCAGUGGCAUUUGCUGCUGAAGUCCCUGCCGCAGCCCCUGCCGAUGAGGAUGUGUGCCCCCACUGGGGGGCUGCUCAUUGCCCUCACCAUGGUAUUUGAGGCAGCUGUGGCAUUUGCACCCAUACCUAGGAUCAUCUGGGAGCACAGAGAGGUGCAGCUGGUGAAGUUUCACCAGCCAGGCAUCUUCAACUACUCAGCCUUGCUGCUGAGUGAGGACAAGGACACCCUGUACGUGGGCGCCCGGGAAGCUGUGUUUGCUGUGAACGCACUUGACAUCGCCCAGAAGCAGCAUGAGGCAUAUUGGAAGGUCUCAGAAGAUAAAAAAGCAAAAUGUGCAGAAAAGGGGAAAUCCAAACAGACUGAAUGUCUCAACUAUAUCCGAGUGCUACAGCCACUUGGCGCCACCGCCCUUUAUGUGUGUGGGACCAAUGCCUUCCAGCCAGCCUGUGACCACCUGAACCUAACAUCUUUUCAAUUUCUUGGGAGAAAUGAAGAUGGCAAAGGAAGAUGCCCCUUUGACCCAGCACACAGCUACACGUCUGUCAUGGUUGAUGGAGAACUUUAUUCCGGGACAUCAUACAAUUUUUUGGGAAGUGAGCCCAUCAUCUCCCGAAAUUCUUCCCACAGUCCUCUGAGAACGGAGUACGCAAUACCUUGGCUCAACGAGCCCAACUUUGUCUAUGCUGAUGUAAUUCGAGAAAGCCCGGACAGCACCGAGGGUGGGGACGACAAGAUCUACUUCUUCUUCACAGAGGUGUCUGUGGAAUAUGAGUUUGUCUUCAAGUUGAUGAUCCCCCGGGUAGCGAGAGUGUGCAAGGGGGACCAGGGUGGCCUGAGGACCUUACAGAAGAAGUGGACGUCCUUCCUGAAGGCCAGGCUCAUCUGCUCCAAGCCAGAGAGCAACCUCAUCUUCAAUGUGCUGCGGGCCCUCUUCAUCCUCAGGUCUCCAGGCCUGAAGGAGCCUGUGUUCUAUGGGGUCUUCACCCCACAGCUGAACAACGUGGGGCUAUCAGCUGUGUGCACCUACAACCUCUCCACAGCUGAGGCGGUCUUCUCCCGAGGAAAGUACAUGCAGAGUGCCACAGUAGAGCAGUCCCACACCAAGUGGGUACGCUACAAUGGGGCUGUGCCCACGCCGAGGCCAGGGGCGUGCAUCACCCACGAGGCGCGGGCGGCCAACUUCUCCAGCUCUCUCAAUCUGCCCGACAAGACGCUGCAGUUUGUCAAAGACCACCCUCUGAUGGAUGACUCUGUGACCCCAAUAGACAACAGGCCCAGGCUGAUCAAAAGUGGUGUGAACUACACACAGAUUGUGGUGGACCGGACCCAGGCCCUGGAUGGGACCAUCUACGACGUCAUGUUUCUCAGCACAGACCGGGGUGCCCUGCAUAAAGCCAUCAGCCUUGAGAACGACGUUCACAUCAUCGAGGAGACACAGCUCUUCCAGGACUUGGAGCCAGUUCAGACCCUGCUGCUCUCUUCCAAGAAGGACAGAAGUUUUAUCUAUGCUGGUUCCAACUCGGGUGUGGUCCAGGCCCCUGUGGCCUUCUGUGGAAAGCACAGCACCUGCCAGGACUGCGUGUUGGCCCGGGACCCCUACUGUGCCUGGAGCCCUGCCAGGGCGGCCUGUGUGGUCCUGCAUGAGACCCACAGCUCAAGCAGGGGUCUGAUUCAAGAGAUGAGCGGGGAUGCGUCCACUUGUCCUGAUAAAAUUAAGGGAAGUUACCAGCAGCAUAUUUUCAAGCAUGGCAGCACAGCAGAACUCAAAUGCUCCCAAAAGUCCAACCUGGCGCGGGUGGUAUGGAAGUUCCAGAAUGGUGUUCUAAAGGCUGAGAGCCCUAAAUACAGCCUGGUAGGUAGGAAGAACCUGCUCAUCUUCAAUCUGUCAGAAGGAGACAGUGGGGUGUACCAGUGCCUGUCAGAGGAAAGGGUCAAGAACAAGACAGUCUCGCAGGUGGUGGCCAAGCAUGUUCUAGCAGUCAAGAUGGUCUCAUGGAGCCCGGUGGCCUCCUCCUCACCAGCCACUUGGACGGAAGGUAUUAGGAUCACCCCCGAAGUGUCAACAGGGCCCAUCCAAGGCUCUUCUCCCCAGACCCCAGCUGUGCGGCUUACCACUCCUUCCAGCCUGGUGCCCACCAGUACAUCCUGUGAACCAAAGAUCGUUAUCAACACAGUCUCCCAGGUCCAGUCUGAGAAGACAAUGUAUCUCAAGUCCAGUGACACCCGCCUCCUCAUGUUCCUCUUCCUCUUCUUCUUUGUUCUCUGCCUUUGCCUCUUCUCCUACAACUGUUACAAGGGCUACCUGCCUGGACAGUGCCUCAAAUUCCGUUCUGCCAUGCUGCUGGAGAAGAAGCAACCCACCUCAGAUUUCUCCGACUGUGAGCAGAGUGUGAAAGAGACACUGGUGGAGCAGGGCAGCUUUUCCCAGCAGAAUGGAGGGCAGCCCAGGCCAGCCCCGGACACGGGCUAUGAGACAGAGCAGGACACCAUGGCCAGCAGAGUGCCCACCGACAGGGAGGACUCACAGAGAAUCGAUGAUCUUCCUGUCAGGGACAAGCCGUUCGACGUCAAGUGCGAGCUGAAGUUUGCUGACUCAGAUGGGGACUGAGGUGUUUCCUGUGGAGAGGUCUUUGUGUUCCCAUGCAGUAACCUUGUCCUGUGCCAUGUAGGUAGCCCAUCCUCCGCAAAUCUCAGUCUUGUAUCUUUUCUCUUGAGUCGAACUUUGACUUGGUUUCUCUUUGUCCUUUCGGAACACGGCAAGCAUUGCACCUGGGCUCCCUCGGUCAGUUGGAGCGCUGUGAGCCGUACCUGCAAGCAGCGGGAAGAUGGCUGGACUGCCACUGGCCUGGGAAGAGUAGUACCUUGAGUGUCACCUCCUCAAAAAGCAGCCACUGAAAGAUAAUUUAAUUCCAGAUUGGAAAUGACUUUUUAGUUUAUCAGAUUGGUAACUUAUCACCUGUUGUCCAGAUUGGCACAAAGCUUUUCUUCUGCGUAAUUAUUUUUUAGGAUUUUGCUUUAAUUGUGUUGGAGUCUUAGGUCAUUUAUUUUUUAAAUUACUAAAGCAGAUAUUUUAAUAUUCAGAAGAUGUACAUCUUCUAGAUUUUGUUGUAUGUUUGGAUAAGAUAUGGCUUACGUUGCUUCAGAUUCUCAGGGAUAAACUUAAUUUUGCUAAACACGUUCUUUCUGCUUUUAGAAAUGCAGACAAAACUGUCUUUUGAGCACACUGACUUUUUCUUUUUAAUUUCUUCAGGGAAGCAUCAUUUCAGAGAGAUUUUCUUUCUAUACUUUUUUCUCUUUUUAACUCUUGAAGAGAAGGUGUGGAGGCAUCCCACGACCACCAGGCAGGGCUUUGAGUGAGGGGUGGUGGCCCCACGGGGCAGAGCUGGGCUGGCCCAGAGCCGAGGGGACAGGUAUUUCACACUCCACUGCCUGUGGCCACUGGUCACAGCCUCCCGUCCCGACAGACUCUGGUUGUCUGAACAUCUUUUCUUUUUGCUUCCACUUCACACCUCUUACCCACCCAGACUUUCCACUUGGCUGACCUGAGCCAUCCACAGGUAGAAGAGAGCUGGGCAGCAGGGAAGGAUGGGCCUGUGUCCACAGCUGCCCACAGACACUGCUGUGGCAGACCUGCGUGGCCUGGCACUGUCUUUAAGAUGUGACGAGUGGUGCAGUUUAACAUCGUUGACCUCGCACUCCACCUCCCGCUGUCCAAAUACCCACAAGAGACUUUUUUCCAUGGCAAAGAGCAAUAAACUCUGGAUUUGUGUGUGCCUGUGUGGACAGUCUCAUCUUCCAGCAUGAUAGGAUUUGACUGUUUUGUGUAAACAGUUGUGUUUUAUAAGAUUUACUUUGUUUUUAUUUUUCUACUUUGAAUUGUAUACAUUUGGAAAGUAACCAAAUAAAUGAGAAGCUUAUAUCCUAAA